UUCCGGUUGUAAGUACGCAUGCGUGUUUCUGGCGGAUCUGAUAUAAAUUAUUUGUUAUGAUGAAGUGACAUGGCUGUUUUAUAGUAUUUUGGCGUUUUAUUUUGACGGCAAACACAACUUUUUUCUGCUUCAAAUUUUGCCAGCAGAUAGUUUGGGAAAUAAACUUUUUGGAUACGUUUUUGUUUUGUCUGUAAGCUGUAAAAUGGUGCAGGAAUAUCAAUCGCCAGUUAGGGUUUAUAAGUACCCGUUUGAACUUGUAAUGGCGGUAAGUUAUUCUAGAAUCUAUUCGACAUUUUGCGUUUUAAAAUACUAUAUCUUGUAUCUAUUAUUGUGAAAUUGAUUGUAUUUAUUCUCUGAUAUGUACUAUAAUCCCGUAUUGUGUACAAUCUGCCAAAAUGUGAAAAAAGCGUGACAUUUUGAAGCAUCCUUGAGCACUUGUUUAUUUGGUGCAUAAAUGAUAGUCUCGUCACGUUGGAAACUUGAAUUAAAGUUUAUUUUUAUUCCUUUGCUCUUAGGCUUACCAGAAACGGUUCCCAACAUGUAAGAUGAUACCAAUUUUCCUGGGAAGUGAAAUAAUGUCGGAAUACAAAAGCGAAGACGGUGCAGAACAUGUGAUAGAAAGACGAUGCAAAAUUAACGUCGAGGCACCGUAUCUUUUGAAAAAGGUAUUGAUUGUAUAAUAUUGCGGCUCAUUGCCCUUGUCUAGACCUUUUAUACCCUGUUGACUUAAUGUUGACUGUGUAUAACAAUAAAUGAUAAACUUCCUUAAUUCCAUAGCUAUUUCAACAAACCUAUAGACUUUGUUUUCACAAGAAUCGUAC